AUGGCUCGCACUUUCUUCGUCGGCGGCAACUUCAAGAUGAACGGGUCCAACUCGUCCAUCAAGGAGAUUGUCAACAACCUCAACAACGCCUCCCUUGACCCCAACACCGAGGUCGUCGUCUCCCCUCCCUCCAUCUUCCUCCAGACUGUUCGCGAGAGCUUGAACAAGAAGAUUGGCGUUGCCGCUCAGAACGUCUUCUACAAGCCCAACGGCGCCUACACUGGCGAGAUCUCGGUUGAGCAGCUCAAGGACAGUAAUAUUGACUGGGCCAUCCUCGGUCACUCUGAGCGUCGCACCAUCCUUGAGGAGUCCGACGAGACCGUUUCCCUCAAGACCAAGGUCGCCACCGAGGCCGGCGUCAGCGUCAUCUGGUGCUGCGGCGAGAGCCUCGAGGAACGCGAAGCUGGCACCACCAUUGAGGUUGUCAGCAAGCAGCUCGCGUCUCUCAAGAGCCACAUCUCGGACUGGAGCCGCAUUGUCGUUGCCUACGAGCCCAUCUGGGCCAUUGGCACCGGCAAGGUCGCCACCACCUCCCAGGCCCAGGAGGUGCACAAGGCUAUCCGCGAGUGGCUGGCCAAGAACGUCAGCGACAAGGUCGCCGAGGAGACUCGCAUCCUGUACGGAGGCAGCGUCAACGAGAAGAACUGCAGUGAGCUCGCGCAGCAGCCUGACAUUGACGGUUUCCUCGUCGGCGGUGCCUCGCUCAAGCCUGCUUUCGUCGACAUUGUCAACGCCAAGCAGCAGAAGUAA